CCCAAAGAGAGUGUGAGUGAGUGAGUGAGUGAGUGAAUAGCAGACACACACAACACAAAAACGCAAACUGAGAAAACCAAAACUCGCCACUCUGAUUCCUUCAACCACCAGAACAAGAAUCACCCAGCAAGAAAGAACCCAUCUUUUAUUAUUAUUAUUAUUAUUAUUAUUUGGGUAUCAACGUUUUCAUAGCUGUGACGGAUGCAAACAUUGUUUGCUGUUUCAGGGAGAUUUCUCAUUUUGGGUUCAACUCUUCAGUUCUUAGCAAAGAUAGAGGAUUGUUAGGCAGAUAAGGAUUCUGCGGGGUUUAAUCUAGUUGUUAGUGAAAUGGAUAAAGCGGUUGAUUCCAGUGGUGAGAAUAAGCAGGAUCAAGGGUGUAAGAACAAGCGAAAAUCGGUUCAUCCUUCCGUAGCUGUUGCCAGUGCCCCCACAUCUUUGAUUGAGUUCCCUCGGUAUGAAUUACCGUUGGAGCUUCCACAAAGCUUAAAUGGUACUAAUCCAUCUGAGGUAGUAUCAGAUUGGUAUAGAGUAGAAUCAGAAAUGCGUAUGAACGAGCUUGUGGAUUGGAAUGAUCCUAUUGCAAACCAGCUUGAGGAAUUACUGUUGUCUAAUUUGCAAGCUGUUUUUCAUGCUGCAAUCAAGCAGAUUGUUGAAUUAGGAUAUGGUGAAGAGGUGGCUCACAUGUCCAUUUCAAGGAGAGCCUUAUACAUAGAGGAAGGAGACCCUGUCUCAAAUAUUGUACAGGAUACAGUGAAUAUUCUUAAGGGAAAAGAUGUUGCUGGUUCGGAUGUCGUGUUUGAAAAUUUUCAGCAUUUGCUGUACUACACCAUGUUGGAGAUGAUCAGUGUACUUCGCGAAGUUAGACCGUCCUUAACAGCUGGCGAAGCAAUGUGGCUUUUGUUGAUGUGUGACUUGAACAUCUCACUAGCCUGUUCAGCAGAAGAUCGCCCGAGUGGUGUUGUUCAGAAUGGGGAAAGCUCUUCUGGUUCUUCUGUUCCCCAGUCAAAGCCAGAGGUUCAAAUCUCUGAAUCUGACAUAAUUAUUGAGCCAACUGUCCCAAAGGAAUUGCCCCAUAGUCACCAGAACAAGUCUGAAGCACCUAAGUUCGGAAGUUUCCAGAAUACCCCGAACAGUCAAAGUCUUCUUGUUUCAGAAGGGGGAAAGCUUCAUAAGGGGAAUGCUUCUUUGCUGGUCGCUACAGAGAAAUCCACAGGAACUUCAGUGGGUCCUGCUAAGGAAUCUAAACCCGGGUCUAGUUCCAAGCGCCAUAACAGAAAAGAAAUAGUAGCACUUAGGCAGAAGUUCCUUCAUAUGGAGAAAGCUUACAGGGCUUGUGGAAAAGGUGGUUUUAAAUCAGGGAAGCUUACAAGUGUAAGUAGUUUGGUUGUUGAAAAAAGAAUCAAGCAACCAUCUGAAAUUCCUAAUCAGCAAAUGAAGUGUGGUUCCUCAAAUUCAACAAGCACAAAAGGAGUUCACUCAGCUGAUGCAGCAUGCUGUGUUUCGACCAAUAGUUCCUCUACUUCAAAUGGAAGAGGUAACACCGGAACAUUACCUACAAAGGAUGCAACAUCUGCUUCUACUGUAGUCAAUUCUACUACAGUGUCAGACACUACAUCCAAGCCUAAGUCUGAACCUAGUUCCACUGACAAUCAAAAGAUUCUUGAUUUCUGUGCCGGUAUUCCUUAUGAUGAGUCUUUGGGUAAGUAUGUGCCAAGAGAUGAAAAGGAUGAACUAACUUUGAUGUUAAUAGCUCGCGUGCAAGAAUUGCAGUUUGGGAUGCAAAGCUGGAACAACUGGACAAAACAAAAAGUUAUGCAAGUUACUGAGAGGCUCGGAAAAGUGCAGAGUGAGCUUAAAGCUCUUAGGAAGGAGAAGCAAGAAGCCGACCUAUAUAAAAAAGAUCAGAAACUUUUGGAGGAGAAUGCAGUGAAGAGAAUCUCUGAGAUGGAGAAUGCCAUGGAGAAUACUAGAAAGCAAAUUGAGCAUGCUACUUCUGCUGCAGUUGAGCUAGAGGCAGAGAACGCUUCGCUGAAGAAGGAAUUGGAUGAUGCGAAGUUGUGGGUUCUAAAGUCGAUGACAAGCCAUCGACAAGCACUUGAGAGAGAGCAGAUUGUUCUUAAACAGCUUCAAUCAUGGGAGAGCCAAAAUGGUUUACUUCGAGAUGAGCUUGAUGGAGAGAAGCACAGUUUAUCUAACCUACUACAAGUGCUACACAAGGAGAAAAAUCUUCUAGCCAACAUUGAGGGUAGACUGGAACAAGAGAGAGCUGUGAAAGAAAAGCUCCUUGCACAGGCAGCAUCCAUUAGAAAGGAAAGACAACAACUCGAAGCGCACAUCAAAUCUGAAGAGGAUACUAUUAGAAAAAGGGCAGCUAAUGAUAUGCAGAAAUAUGUGGAUGAUAUUGCAAGGCUUGAGAAAGAGUUGAUUGAGUUAAAAAUAAAAUCCGAGUCUGAACAAAUAGCAGCUCUUCGCAGGGGUGUUGAUGGUAAAAAUGACAAGUUCUCCAGAACCAGCAAAAAUACUCUUACGGUGAAGGAGAACAAGAAAUCUAAUGCGUCCCAAACGAUGGUUAGCAAUCGAGAUAAAAUGUCUACCGGAAGCUUGAGGCGAGAGCAGGAGUGUGUCAUGUGCCUAUCAGACGAGAUGUCAGUGGUUUUUCUGCCGUGCGCACACCAGGUUGUUUGUCAAGACUGCAACGAACUCCACGAGAAGCAAGGGAUGAAGGAUUGCCCUUCAUGUAGGACCCCAAUCCAACGGAGGAUUCAUGCAAGAUUUGCCGGACAUUCGAGGGCAUAGCUCUGUUUUGCCAGACAUUUGAAGUUCAUUUAAUCAUCAUGGCAUUCCGUGUCCCUGCUCCAUUUAUUAAUUUGGUUCUGACUUUUGAGUUUCAAGCAGUUCAUAGUUCAUAGUUCAUACAUGAUGUGUUUCCCUGUUUCCAAAAACACAGACAAAAAACAGCAUAGAGAAAGAAAGAACUGCCCUAACUCCAUAGAGGCAGUUAGAUGUAAAGUCCCUUUUUUAUGCUUUUACAUUUAUAAAUAUAAUCGGUCUCCAAUGAAUUUCAAUA